AUGAUAUUUCUCCCCAUUACGGAAGCGGACCUUCAGAUUGUGCCACCUUUAAUGAAUAAUGUGCCAUUUGCCUUUAUGUGGAAUGCUCCCACUGAACUGUGCUUGAAAAAAUAUGACAUUGAUUUAGACCUGAAUUAUUUCCAUUAUGUAAGCAGUACUUUGAAAACCUCAACCAACCAGCCAGUUUCAAUAUUUUACAUAGACAGAUUUGGGUCAUUUCCUUUUAUUGAUCGCCUUACAGGGAAAUUUUACAAUGGUGGGUUACCACAACUUGGCAAUUUGAAGGACCACCACAAAAAAGCUGCAGAAGAUAUCACUUUCUACAUUCCUUCUGAAAAUGCUGGCUUGGCUGUAAUUGAUAUGGAAGAUUGGAGCCCACAGUGGAUAAGGAACUGGGGUAUCAAAAACAUAUACAGAAAUCUUUCAGUAAGUUUUGCCUUUCAGGUAGACUUAACCCUCACUUCAGACUCAGCUGCUCAAGAAAUUGCAAGAAAGCACUUCGAAACUGCAGCAAAGAAUUACAUGAAGACGUCAUUAAUGCUGGGGAAGUCCUUAAGAGCUAAUCGAUUAUGGGGUUACUAUCUAUACCCAGAAUGCUAUAACUACGACUACAAUCAAAACCCAGAUAAUUAUUCUGGAAAAUGUCCUGAUAUUGAAUUAAAAAGAAACAAUGACCUUCAGUGGCUCUGGCAAGAAAGUUCAGCUUUAUUCCCAUCCAUAUAUCUGGAAAAAAUACUGAAAAAUUCCUAUAGUGCUACCUUGUUUGUGCGUAACCGUGUCCUGGAAGCAAUGCGCAUUUCAUUGUUUCCCAACCGGACAAAUUACUCCCUCCCUGUAUAUGUAUAUACACGUCUUGUAUACACGGAUAGCAUUUCAACGUAUCUAACUGAGGCUGAUUUAGUAAGUACAAUUGGAGAAUCAGCAGCUUUGGGAGCAGCAGGGAUUGUAGAAUGGGGUGAUCUGAAUCUGACAUUGAGUAAGGAUAUCUGCUCAUCUCUGAGGACUUACAUUCAAGUUGUUUUAAACCCCUAUGUGUUAAAUGUGACCACAGCAAGUCGGCUUUGCAGUGAAAGUCUUUGUGGAGGGGAAGGCAGAUGUGUUCGAAGGAACAUGGACUCCAAUACUUACCUGCACUUAAAUUCACGCAACUUUCAAAUUACAAGAAUGGUCAAUGGGACGCUGAAAGUAACAGGACAAUUGACCAAAGAAGAUAUACAGUGGGAGAAGGCUUUUUUGUCUAGAAUCAUAUUUACUAAGGCAGCCUUCUGUUCAGCUGAAAAUUUUGCCCUUCUCCCAUCAGCAUAA